AUGGCACCGACCAAAGAAAAAGGCGAGGCCAAAGAGCCCAAGCUCACACCAGAACAGUCCGCAGCAGCCAUCCUCACCUACCUCCGCAAGGAGAACCGUCCAUACAGCGCCACCGACAUCAGCUCCAACCUCCACAACCGCGUCACCAAGACCGCCGCUCAGAAACUGCUGAAGGACAUGCACGAGCGGAAAGAGAUCGAGGGCAGAGCAUCUGGCAAGCAGAUUGUCUACCACGUCAUCCAAGAUGAAGUCCCCGAUGACUUCCUCGAGAAGCUCGCUGAAAUGGACCGCGAAAUAACUCGUCUCCGCGAAGAGACCGUCGCGCUCAAAGCGGAAGAGAAAGAACUCAAGUCUUCUCUCCGAGGCGAUGCCGCGAGGGUUCCCAUGCCGGAGCUGAAAGCUAGCGUCGAAGCCCUACAGGCACAAAAGGACGAGGUGGAAGCGAGGCUGGUGAAGUUGAGGAGCGGCAGUCUCAAGCCUGUCAGCGCCGAGGAGAGGGAGAAGAUCGAUGUGAUGUACCGGAAGGUGGGAAAGGUAGCUAAGAAUAGGGCAAAGAUUCGGACGGAAUUGUGGGCCGAAGUGAAGGGAAUCGUGGAGAAGGAGAAGUGGGAGGAUCUGAAGGAGACUUUGGGGCUGGAGUUCUGA